CAGUCAUAAAAAAAUGUGCAAACUAAGUACACCUGCAUUUUAUAAAUGUAAAUUUGCAUAUCAUAAUUGUUCUGGAGACUAUACAUGUAUUUGGUAUAUUAAAUAGAUUGCAUAUUCUCUUUUGACCUAAAAAUUGAUAUUCAGCUGGCUGAAUUUCUUAGCUUUUUAAAAAGCUAACCUUGUAAUAAUUUCCAGUAGGUUGUUUAGUUUUAUUUCACAUUUAUUUGCCAUCAAAGGGAAGAUCAUGCAGACCAGCAAAGAGCAGAUCUUUCAGAGUGACUGCAUACAUUGUCAUGGAAUCAAAACUUUUUAGUGUGCAGUAAGAACUGAGAAUAAUAGCUAUGUCCUUAAAGAGAUAACAUUUCUAACUAGUCUAUAGUUAUCUAAUGUGAACAUUAUUUUUUAUAGAUAAAAUGGGUCGACAUUCCACCAAUGAAAAAAGGCAGAAAAGAAGGGAAAAAAGACGUAAUAAAAGACUGGAAAAGGCAAGGAAAGAAACUAGCAAACCAGAAAAGUUUGAAACUGUCUCUCCUAUGAACUUGGACAUCGUAGAUGACACCUUUGAUACCACAGAAAAGGAGAUUGAACUGGAAAUCAAAGAAAGGGGAAUCAGAAUUGACGAUACAUUUGUGGCAAAAAGAAACAGAACAGCUCAAGAACUGUUUGGAGCAGAGGACAGAGAAGUGGUUAAACUUAAGAAGAUCCUAGAGGAUGAGCAACACAAAAGAGACAAAUUGUUAAGAUUUACUGAUCAUUGUAUUUUUUUAGUCAAAAAAUGUAGAAACUGUAAAUUUUGCAGGCCAUAGUGUAU